UCGGUGGUUCAGUCAUUCUGCUUCUGGACACGGACGCGUGCAGACGCAGGAUGGCUGGCUCGUCAAGAGCUGUGAAAGCGGUCGACGCUGGCCGCGGUUUCUCGUGCACAUCAUUGCCCAAGGACUACCGUGUAAUUCUGCCACCGUUGCCAUCAGGAGAAGGACUCAGACGCACACUGGUUCUGCACUGCGACAUCGCAGGGCGCCCGUAUGGGAUAAAUGACUUUCGAAAGCCGCUCAAGGAACUCGGCACCAUUCAACAGGUGAGCGGCAUAGGAGCGUAUCAGAUGUCGCACGUUUGGCUCCUUAACGUGAAGACAGAUGAGGCCAAGAAGACACUUUUGAACGCUGGCAUAUUGUCCGUGAAAGACCGACCUUGCCUCGUCGUCGAUCCAGAAAGGCAAGAGGUUCGCUUUAAGUUGCACUGGGUAGCCUUCGACGUCAACGCAGAGACUGUACGGCGUGCAUUCCGGGAGUACGGUGAAGUUAAAGAAGUCAUCAGCGACAAGUGGAGAGAUGAGGACUUCGAAGGAGUUGAGUCAACUACAAGAUUCGUUCGGCUUUUACUAAAGGAAGGCGUUACUACUGAUCGUAUACCGCACCAAAUGCGUCUCGGCAGCGGUACCGCAUUGGUGGUCGUGCCAGGACGAGCGCCGCUGUGCCUGCGUUGCCGGAACACCGGACACAUUCGUCGCGAUUGCAGAGUGCCCAGAUGCGCUGGUUGUCGCGCCUUUGGACACGAGCAGAUGGAUUGUACUCGUUCCUACGCCAGCGCAGCAAGUCGAGGAACGAAUGCUGAUCAGAGUGAACUACUCAUGGAUGAAGAAGAAGCAGAGAAGGCCGCGGCGUCUGAGGAGACGGUGGAAGCGUCUGAGACAGUGGUGACCAACGAAAGCAAGGUGGCGGAAUCUAAACAAGAUACAGGCGAAACGACGGAGGUGGACACCGUGGUGAAUCAGCGUUCCACUGGGAUGCAGAUCCAAGACAGGCUUGAACCAGUUGACCGCCCUGAUGCCACGGUAGACAUGGAGACAACGGAGACCAUGCCAGCCAAACGACGUCUGAACGAGGGAGACGCGGCGUCCCAGCAGCGUCCGACCCAGGAAGAGCAAGGGCAGUGGCGAGUGGCUGGUCCCAAAAAGCCUCGGGGUGCCGGCCGUCUGCGUUCGUCGUCGCUUUCACGCGGCGGCGAUGGGACGACGCCUUGA